AUGCGCCUCACCGCCUGCCUCGGCACGACGAAAGCGACCCGCGGCCAGUUCUCCUCGCUCUUUCCCCAUCACUGCGCUCCCGCCAGCUCAUCUCCUCACGCCGCCGACUCGAUGCUUCCAUCUUCAAAGGACGUCCACCGCGACGGCAUGAGGGAACCGCUUUGCUCGACGAACUUGUCGCAUGCGAUGAAGGAUGUGACAGUCAGCCACCACGGGGACCGCCCGAGCAAACCCCAAACCGACCUCCCCCUCUCCCGCGACUCCACAGGCGGCAGCCUCUCCACCGGCGAGCGAUACGAGCACGCCCCCUCACACCCCAAGCCGCAACCUUCGGCCAGUCAGCCGAGCCUUGUCGACCGGGUGGAGGGAGAAGCGGAAGAGCUUGUCGGGCGAUGGAGGCAUGAUGCGCAGCUUGUCGAGGCGGGACGGACGCAGCGAGAUUACGGGCGAGAAGCGAUCAAGCAAGGGAUGGAAAACGGAGGAGGAUCCGUCAUGCGGUGA